UGUUCUUCUACUUAUUCUGCCUUUCACUUCAAUCUCGACUAGAAUAGGAGUGAGUGGGUAUACCAACAUGACAUCCCAACUCGAAAUCUUCACAAAGGCCCUAUCCCGCCUCCUAGGGUGGAUAUAUAUGCUCUGCUGGUCCGGAUCCUUCUACCCCCAACCAAUCGACAACUACCGCCGUCGCUCAACAGUCGGUCUAGCCAUCGAUUUCCCCACCGUUAAUGUCCUGGGCUUCGUCUGCUACGCUAUAUACACAAUAACCUUUCUGUACUCUCCUGUGAUUCGGGGUCAAUAUGCAGCCCGGCAUCCACAGUCCGAAGAGCCGACUGUGCGGGUUAAUGACUUGGCUUUUGCGGUACAUGCUGUUGUUCUGAGUUCGUUGAUGUACUCGCAGUUCUUCCCGAAGAUCUGGGGGUUUGAGGUUUCGAGGCAUCAGAAGGCAAGUAAGCCGGUUAAGGGGAUUUUCUGGGGGUGUUUGGCUGCUGUGAGUGUUGCUGUGGGUGUUGUUCUUGGUGUCAGUCCGGAUGGGGGGUAUGAUCCCCGCUCUUGGGCUUGGAUUGACGUGAUGUACACCUUCUCCUACGUGAAACUACUCAUCACAAUCGUCAAAUACGUGCCCCAAGCAUGGCUCAACUACAAACGCAAGUCCACGGACGGCUGGCGGAUCGAAAUGAUCCUAUUGGAUUUCACCGGUGGCGUGCUCUCUCUCAUCCAGCUGUUGCUCGACUCGAGCUUCACGCAGGACUGGAGCGGCGUCACGGGUAACCCCGCCAAGCUUCUGCUGUCCAACGUGUCGAUUGUUUUUGAUUUGCUGUUCAUGGUGCAACACUACGUUCUGUACAGGGACGUGGAUGGGAAGGAUCGGCGGAGGGAUCCUGAUCUGAUUACUCCGCUUUUGUCGGAGCCGAAUCAUUUGUCGAGGAGUGCUCAUAUUUGAUCGCUCUAUGUGGUCACUACGCUGGCUUUAGAUGGGAUCUUUUGGAUCUUGAUAGACAAGUAGUGGGUCAUUGGUUAUUGGUUACUCAUACUACUUAUAGACAGAAACAAGUUUACGAUUAUCAUUGAAGAAACAUCACUUUCCAAUCCGUAU